GAGACCCCGAGUCUGUCUCACAUUCACUCUUCUUUCUUCCACAGCUUCUUUUCUCUCUGUAACGAAAAUGUAUUCAACUAGCCACUUUCUUGUCUUCACUUUCAGUCUUCUUCUAGCUUCCACCGUCACUGUCUCUCGCACCAUCUCACCAGAACCCACCACAUCCCUCCUCGAUGUCUCCGUCGCUCUUCAGCAAACAGUCGCUAUUCUCUCCAUUGAACCGCUCGUUCAACAAACCCUUUCCUUCUCCUCAGUCAACUCCUCUUCUUCUUCUUCUUCUUCUUUGUUUUCACUGCCGCUUCACUCUCGUGAAACUGUCUUCAAAACCCAGCACAAAGACUACAAAUCCUUACUCCACUCUCGACUCGCCCGUGACUCAGCCCGAGUUGAUUCUCUCCUCACUAAACUCCAACUCGCUCUCAAUGGGAUAAACGGACAAGACCUCAAGCCCCUCGAGAACCAGAUCCUCCCCGAGGAUUUGUCCACUCCCGUCGUGUCUGGGAUAAGCCAAGGGAGCGGUGAGUAUUUCUCUCGGGUCGGAGUCGGGUCUCCGCCUAAACAGUUCUACAUGGUUCUCGACACUGGCAGUGACAUUAACUGGAUUCAGUGUCAACCUUGUUCCGAUUGUUAUCAACAAUCUGACCCGAUUUAUGACCCGAGUUUGUCCUCGACGCAUCGUGCUGUCUCUUGUAACUCUCCUCAGUGUGGAGCUCUCGACACUUCUGCUUGUAGAGGAAGCAGCUGCCUCUAUCAAGUGUCUUAUGGCGAUGGGUCUUUCACCGUCGGUGAAUUUAUCACCGAAACGGUGUCGUUUGGGAACAGCGGGGCCAUACAAAAUGUUGCUAUAGGAUGUGGUCACGACAACGAAGGGUUAUUCGUGGGAGCUGCCGGUUUGCUUGGCCUCGGUGGUGGCGAGCUCUCACUCACUAAACAAGUUAAAGCGACGUCGUUUUCUUACUGUUUGGUUGAUCGGAAUUCGGACAAAUCGGGUAAUCUCGAGUUCAACUCGCCGUUUCCCGCAAACUCGGUCUCAGCCCCGUUGCUCAAAAGUACAAAAAUUGACACAUUCUACUACGUGGGGCUCAGCGGGUUCAGCGUUGGAGGCCAGAGGGUUCAAAUCCCACCGUCCGUUAUCGAAUUGGACCAAUCCGGCAACGGUGGAGUCAUUGUCGACUGUGGAACCGCCGUAACUCGGUUACCGACUCAGGCUUAUAACGCACUCCGUGACGCGUUCGUGAAAUCCACGUCGACAUUAAAAUCUACAAAAGGCUACGCAUUAUUCGACACGUGUUAUGAUUUUUCUGGAUUAUCUAGAGUGACUGUGCCGACGGUGUCGUUUCAGUUCACGGGUGGAAAUUCCCUGGAUUUACCAGCCAAGAAUUAUCUCAUCCCAGUGGACUCUACUGGGACUUUCUGUUUUGCCUUCGCCCCAACGACGUCGUCUAUGUCAAUUAUAGGCAACGUACAACAACAGGGCAUUCGUGUCAAUUUCAAUUUGGCUAAUAAUCGUGUGGGGUUCACUCCUCGGAGUUGUUGAAAAUUUGAAACUUUUCAGAGGGUAAUUUAAUUUUGAAAAAUCGUUACUUGGGUAUUUUCCGCUACGGUUAAAUGUAGGAUAAUGAAAUGCAAGUACUAGAUCUGGCGGGUGGAUGAAAGUGGGAUCCACCUUAAUAAAUAGCAACUAUCACAAAGCCAAUGGGCGUUUUAUGGAAUCCAUAAAUCAUACAUUUGAAUGGCAUGUAUAGUAAAUAUAACGAAGAUUAGUGGCAAGAGUAAUUGUACGUGAUUGUCUUAAAAUAAUAUUAAUGUUUGAAUUAUUUUUGGGAAA